AUUUUUGUGACCGAUUAUAACGUGAGUUUUGUACCACGUGUUAGACAGAGGAUGCUUGUUCUAUAUUUUCUUUUUUCUUUUCUUUCUCUUUCUUCUUUCUUUUCUUUUGGUUCUCUCGAAUUCUCCGCAAGCAAGAGAGACGAUUGGCUUUUUCCAUCGAUGAUGUCGCCGUCUCAUCCGUCUUCUAUCAUUUUCGCCGUUAGUCUAACGAUGAAACCCACCACGAUCGACGAAUCUCUCGGUUCUCACGGCAUUUCAUCUGUCUUCUCUCCUCAGCACCGUAAGAGGAAUGAUGAAAACCCACCACGAUCGACGACUCUGUCCGCAUGACGUCUCUUCUGUCUUGUCUCGUCUGCGCGGUCAGAGUAACGAUGGAGAGGAAGACAACUCUCUCGGUCUCCUCCAUCGCUCUUUCAGACGUCUCUCACGAUCUCUUCAACUUCGAGAUGAACUUCCGAAGUGAUGAGGUCAUUACUGAUGAUGAGGCCAUUCUGUAUGAUAUCUUCGUUGCAUCUCUCCACCCUGCCACCACGGAGAAGCUCAAAGUCUUCCAUUGUCAUACCAUUAUCAUUAAGGAGGCAAAAUCAGAAAGCAUUGGGGAGUGAGAAAUUGAGGAGCCAAAGACAGCUUAUUUCUUGGAGGCGUAUCACCCCCUCUCGGUUAGGUAAGUGUGCAAACUUGAUCUCACUAAUUGUGAAUCUCGGUUAGGUGAAUAAUUUAUUGUUAGAGUUACGUUUUUUAGUUAAUGGUUAGGCUUAGUUAAGGAGCGUGAUGAAUGCUCUAGAUUAGGUGAAUAAAUGCUUGUUAGAGUUAGGUUUUGUAGUUAAUGGUCACGGCUUAGUAAAUAUGCUUGUUACUUUGUGGUUGUGAUGAAUGCUCUCGGUUAGGUGAAAUUGCUGGUUAGUUUGUUGUUGUGAUGAAUGCUUCUGAUAAUGUUGUUACAUUAGAGAUGAAUGUAUGUUAGGACAGACUAAUAAAUAUGUUAGAUACAAGUCUACUCACUUCAACUUAAUCUCAAAGAGUAAAGGCAAUUAAAAGCCAACUUCUUCUCUUUAGCUGCAUAUUAAACCGAUGCUUCAUCUCUUUCUUUAUAUCAUCUAACACGAAGUCCCUCUUUUCUUCUUCAAACACCUUUCUUCUUCUUCCUCUCUUCUCUCACAUAUUAGGAAAUGGAUCCCACGAAUCCAUUUAGUCAGACAGUGAAUUUUGUUGAGCUGUUGAACAGUCAACAAGAUACUGUCGUUCCUGAACCUUUUCAUCAUCCGAGUAUUUCAUCACAAGUCCCUUGUUCUGGUACUCAAUGUACUGAAACUUCAAGCUUCUGUGAAGAUUCACCUCAAGAAAAGAAAGAAAGAAAGAAAUGGACUCCCACGGAUGAUCUUGUUCUCAUAAGUGCAUGGUUAAACACAAGUAAGGACGCUAUUGUAAGCAAUGAGCAGAAAGCCGGUACAUUCUGGAAACGCAUAGCAGCUUACUAUGCAGCUAGUCCAAAGGUGGAAAGAAGUAACCACCGAGAAUACCUUCAGUGUAAGCAACGGUGGCAGAAGUUGAAUGAUCUUGUUUGUAAGUUCUGUGGCUCCUAUGAGGUUGCAACAAGACAGAAGACAAGUGGUGAGAGUGAGAGUGAUGUUGUUAAAAUGGCACAUCAAAUCUUCUUCAACGAUUAUAAGAUUAAGUUUAAUCUUCACCAUGCUUGGGAGGAGCUCAAAAACGACCAGAAAUGGUGUGCCCAAGCGAGUGCUAAGCUUGUUAAACCACAAUCAUCAAGCGCUAAGAAGAGAAGGUGUGAGGAUGGAGGGGAAGAGGCAAGCUCUCACGCAACAACGAACACUGAUCACCCAACCAAACGUCCUGUUGGUGUUAAGGCGGCGAAAGGAGCCGUGAAAGGAGCAGGUAGUAAAGUGAAUGCCUCGGAUUUUCACCGCAUGUGGUCUGUCAAAGAGAAAGACUUGGAAGCUAAAGAAAGACUUAAGAAGAUGGGUCUGCUGGAGAGUCUCAUCACAAAACAAGAGCCCCUAUCUCAGUUUGAGGAAGCUCUGAAGGAGAAGCUAAUUGCAGAGAUGUUGGGCUAAAUAGAAACAAAAGAAAUGGAGAGUAGUCACGAGAGUAGUCACGGCCAAACAGGUUGUCCUUGUGUCCAAGAGUAGUCACGAGAUAGAGAAAGCCAAACGGGUAGUCACGAAGUAACAAGUUUUGUCCUUAUGUGUCAGUUGAAUUGUUCGUAUGUGUCACAAGAUGUUUAUGUCACGGAUGUUGUUGUAAUGAGAUAGUGAAACAUUGAUUUUUGUAAAGUUUAUGCUUCUCUAUAUAAUCACAAAUGCUUCUUCUUUACUUCUCACAUCUCUAAAGAACAAAAAAAUAUCACAAGCGUAAUUAUCUCUUCAUCACAUAGCCUUAUUCUCUCUCUAUCUUUGUGGUUAAUUCUCGCUUGAUCACAUCACAGAGCCUAUUGCCUUAUUCUCGCUUGAUCACAACAUCUAAAAAAACACUCUCUUAUUCUACAAAAAAAAUCAAAAAAAAUCUUUUCUAUGGCUUCUUCUUCUCACAACAAUUUUGAGGGAGUAGAUGAUGAAAGUUUUGAUCAAUAUUUUGAUGAAUAUUUUGAUCAAACAUUUGAUCAAACUUUCAAAGAUUUAGCCAUUACUUAUGGCCAUCAAGAGAAAAAAAAACGAGUUCAUAUCGAACGGAAUCGUGAAGAAGGCGAUCUACAUUUAUGGAAUGAUUAUUUCAGUGAUACUCCAACAUAUCCUGAAAAUCUUUUCCGACGACGAUUCAGAAUGAACAAGCCAUUGUUCAUGCGUAUUGUUGAUCGACUCUCUAAUGAAGUUGAAUUCUUUCGACAAAAAAGAGAUGCUCUCGGAAGGCUUAGUCUCUCUCCACUUCAAAAGAGUACAACAGCCAUUCGUGUCUUGGCAUAUGGUUCUGCGGCUGAUGUUGUUGACGAAUACCUCAGACUCGGUGAAACCACUACUCGGUUAUGUGUGGAACAUUUUGUGGAAGCAAUCAUAAAUUUGUUCGGAGAUGAGUACCUCAGAAGACCAACACCAGCUGAUCUUGAACGUCUACUUCAUAUUGGUGAGCGUCGUGGAUUUCCCGGGAUGAUAGGAAGCAUCGAUUGUAUGCAUUGGGAGUGGAAGAAUUGUCCCACCGCUUGGAAAGGUCAAUAUUCACGUGGUUCGGGAAAACCCACUAUCGUUUUAGAGGCGGUUGCUUCUUAUGAUCUAUGGAUAUGGCAUGCGUUUUUUGGACCUCCAGGUACUUUAAAUGAUAUCAAUGUUCUUGAUCGCUCACAUGUUUUUGAUGACAUAAUAAAAGGUCAAGCUCCCCAAAUCACUUUCACUGUCAAUGGAAAAAAGUAUCAUUUGGCUUACUAUCUCACGGAUGGUAUUUACCCGAAAUGGGCUACUUUUAUCCAAUCUAUUUCAAUACCACAAGGGCCAAAAGCGGUUUUAUUUGCUCAACAUCAAGAAGCUGCCCGAAAAGAUGCCGAGCGUGCUUUUGGAGUCUUGCAAGCUCGCUUUGCUAUUGUUAAAAAUCCGGCACUUUUUUGGGACAAAGUCGAAAUUGGGAAGAUUAUGAGAGCAUGUAUCAUACUCCAUAAUAUGAUAGUAGAAGACGAACGAGAUGGGUACAGCCUAUAUGAUGUUUCAGAGUUCCAACAAGGAGAAGACACCGGAAGUUCACAUGUCAAUCUCGAUUUUUCUACAUAUAUGCCUACAAAUAUCGCCAAUAUGAUGGGUGUUCGAACUAAAAUUCGUGAUAGACAAAUGCACCAACAACUCAAAACUGAUUUGGUUGAACAUUUAUGGAAUCAAUUUGGAGAUGAUGGAAACAACUGAUGAGCUCGGUUUUUUUUCAAAUUAUUGUACUAAUCUUUGUUUUUUUUUAAUGAAUGUUUUUAAUGUAAUCUUUUUAUAUGUUUUAUUUAAUAAAUAAAUUUUAUUUAAAAAAAAUAAAUGUUUAAUAAUUUUUUUAAAAAGUUUCUUAAUUAAGAAACUCCUAUUGGACGACU